CCAUAACUCAGUGGUUAAAGCACGCUCCUCAUAGGUGGGAGAUCCCUGUUCAAAUCAUAUAAAGGAGCCAGUGCUUAAGCUCCCUAUAUAAAUCAGUCACCAUGUGGCAAGUACUGCUCUUGCUGCAGUGGUUGUCAAUUUGCUGUGAUUAUAUCUGAGCUCUAGAGUAUGAGAUUAGGCGUUAGAAUUUUGUAGGGUAAUUAUCUUGGGAACAGAAGCAGGCUGAUUCCUCUAUGAACAGGAUGCCUGCCUACUGAGACUCAGCCCUUGUGCAAUUGCUGAGGAGUCCAGAAUUAGUGCGGAACCUGAGGAUCCUUCACAGAAUUGUGAGUGCACCAUCUUUUAGUUAGAUAGUCUGGGGAGAUGGUGUAGAAGGUGCUGUAUUCAUCAAACUGUGUCCUCAAGCAAUUGAGUAAAUAUUUGGGGAUUUCAUUACUUAACAUCUAUUAAACCUGUUGAAGGGACUUACUAUCUUAUCCCACGUGAGUCUUUUGGGCUGUACUGAACCAAAUCAACCAAAUUGCUUAUUGCUGCUACAGAAGAUACCCUUUUCACAGGUCAGCAAGGGCGAGUAUGCAUACCAAGAGGACACUAAAUGUUAUUCCUCUUAUAUCAGGUCACGUGAUUGGGAGUGCUGAGGAAAUUCAUUAGUGUUGUUAGCAUGGGGAGGGCACCAGCAACUGUGGGAGUUUUGGUUUACCCUGUUCUGUCAUAUUUUCUUCCUGUUUAAUAUAAUUCCUCUGUAUAUAUUAUUCCUUAGAAGUCUCCACCUAUCUGGCAAGCAACUCAGGGCUAUCCUGUGGUCGGAAUUUUCCAUUCAAACCGCCUCGCUGCCUGGUGAUCCUACUAGGAGGGAGCAGGGAUCGGAGAAGGCACCAUCAAGUAAAUUUAUCUGAGUGCAAUACAGGAACUGAAUGAAGUAGCAGUCAGGCACUCAGCAUUGCAGACAAGAGAUGAGGCUAUAUGCAGCCAUGCUACACCUAUGUAAACUGAUAAGGAAUUCUUUUAAACACUACAGCCAUAUAUGAUAACUCUGAAAGCCUUUUGGAGGUAGAGGGUACCUGUAAACUACUUCAUGGAAUCAAGUCGUCUUUGGUUGCUCGAUACGUCAUUUCAGCAAGAAAAGAGCUGCUUAUUCUAGACAUUGGGCUACCCCCAGUUUUAGACACCACACGGCCUAGGGAGGUGGUGCUGAGAUGUAAUCGCCACAGAGAAGCACAAGCUUCGCAGCUACCCACUCCGUAUGUUGGCAACCACUGCCGAUGGCUCACCCUGUUUGGUAACUUUCAUUCCUUUUGCCCAGCCUAGUCCCCUUUGUCCAUUCCCCUGUCUGCCAGUCAGCCCACCUGCCUCUUUCUUAAGCCCAGCUCCUGCAUCUUGUCCCGGACUUUGCCCCGCUCUCCACCUAUUUCACCCUCCUCUAGCCAUGCAUUGCCCCUGCUCUGUCCUGUCCGUUCCUCCCUCCGCUCGCUUUCAACCCACUGGUGUGAGCGGGCUCUGGCGGCCGAGAAGGGCAGCGCUUUCCGCAGGCGGCGCCGGGCAUGCUCACGCGGCCCGGGCAUGCGCGCUACAAUCCAACAGCCUGUUCUGAGGGGAAGCCGUUUCUGGCGCUAACUGUUCCGGGCGGUGUCACAGUGCAGCCAUGUCUGGCGCGAGGAGACCAGCCCAGCUCGUUCGGCGGCGCCCUCUGUGAGGAGGCGGAGGAGAGGCAGCGGCGGGCAUCCAUGUCGGCGGCCAGGGAUUAGCGAGGGAGGCACCGAGCCCGGGAGGGGGGAGGGUAGCUGACCCCCUCUACUCUGGGGCUCCGGCGGGGGAGACGCGGAGCCGGCCGGCAGUGGGGACAUGGCUGACCAGAAUGCCCCCAACAGCCACCUGCGGCUAGAGUGGGUCUAUGGCUACCGGGGUCACCAGUGCCGCAACAACCUCUACUACACGGCGGCUAAGGAGAUCGUUUACUUCGUGGCGGGGGUCGGCGUGGUCUACAGCCCCCGGGAGCACCGGCAGAAAUUCUACCUGGGGCACCAGGACGACAUAAUCAGCCUUGCUUUGCAUCCUGAACGAGUGUUGGUGGCAACAGGUCAAGUUGGAAAAGAACCAUAUAUCUGUGUUUGGGACUCAUACACUGUGCAGACUAUAUCGAUACUGAAAGAUGUUCACACACAUGGUAUAGCUUGCUUGGCAUUUGACUUAGAUGGGCAGCGUUUGGUCUCAGUGGGUCUGGAUUCAAAAAAUACAAUAUGCGUAUGGGACUGGAGAAAAGGAAAAAUGUUAUCUAUGGCUCCUGGUCAUACAGACAGGAUAUUUGAUAUUUCUUGGGAUUUGUACCAACCAAACAAACUAGUCAGCUGUGGUGUAAAACAUAUUAAGUUUUGGAGCUUGUGUGGCAAUUCGUUGACACCAAAGCGUGGUGUUUUUGGCAAAACUGGUGAUCUCCAAACUAUACUUUGCCUAGCCUGUGCAAGAGAUGAAGUGACACAUUCUGGUGCACUUAAUGGAGAUAUAUAUGUAUGGAAAGGAAUUAAUCUCAUACGGACAAUACAAGGAGCACAUGCUGCAGGAAUUUUCAGUAUGAAUGCAUGUGAGGAGGGUUUUGCCACUGGUGGCAGAGAUGGCUGUGUUCGUUUGUGGGAUUUAAAUUUUAAACCAAUUACUGUGAUUGAUCUCAGGGAAACAGACCAGGGAUAUAAAGGUCUGUCUGUGAGAAGUGUUUGCUGGCGAGGAGACCAUAUUCUAGUUGGGACACAAGACAGUGAAAUUUUUGAGAUCGUUGUGCAUGAACGCAAUAAGCCUUUCCUGAUCAUGCAGGGGCACUGUGAAGGAGAGCUAUGGGCUCUGGCAGUCCAUCCUACAAAACCGUUGGCCAUGACUGGAAGUGAUGACCGAUCAGUCAGAAUUUGGAGCCUAAUAGACCAUGCAUUGAUUGCACGGUGCAAUAUGGAAGAACCAAUUCGCUGUGCAGCCGUUAGUACUGAUGGAAUCCAUCUUGCACUUGGAAUGAAGGAUGGCUCUUUCACUGUACUUCGAGUCAGGGAUAUGACAGAGGUUGUUCAUAUUAAAGACAGGAAAGAAGCCAUUCAUGAAUUAAAAUAUUCACCAGAUGGCACAUUCCUUGCGGUUGGCUCCAAUGACAGCUCUGUUGAUAUUUAUGGUGUUGUUCAGCGGUACAAAAAAGUUGGGGAAUGUGUUGGAUCUGUAAGUUUCAUCACUCAUAUGGACUGGUCUUCAGACAGUAAAUACUUACAGACCAAUGAUGGCAGUGGGAAAAGACUUUUUUACAAGAUGCCAAGUGGAAAAGAAGUAACAAAUAAAGAAGAAUUAAAAGGCGUCCAAUGGGCUUCAUGGACAUGUGUUUAUGGCCUUGAAGUUAAUGGAAUCUGGCCCAAAUAUUCAGAUAUCAAUGAUAUCAAUUCUGUAGAUGGAAAUUUUAAUGGUCAAGUUUUGGUUACAGCUGAUGACUAUGGAAUAGUAAAACUAUUCCGGUAUCCUUGUUUAAGAAAAGGAGCAAAGUUUAAAAAAUAUCUUGGGCAUUCAGCUCAUGUGACAAAUGUCAGAUGGUCACAUGAUCAUCAGUGGGUUGUUUCUAUUGGUGGAGCUGAUCAUUCUGUCUUCCAGUGGAAAUUCAUUCCUGAACGGAAGCUGAAGGAUGCUAUUCACAUAGCACCCCAAGAAAGUCUGGUUGAUUCUAACAGUGAUGAAUCAGAUUCAGAUCAAUCUGAUGUUCCAGAACUAGACUCUGAAAUUGAACAAGAGACUCAGAUCACAUACCGUCGACAGGUUUACAAAGAAGAUCUACCUCAGCUUAAAGAGCAAUGCAAAGAAAAACGAAAAAGUGCAGCUUCUAAAAGAAGAGAGAGAGCUCCAGGGAACAGUAUAAGAUUACACUUUGUCCAUGGUUACAGAGGUUAUGAUUGUCGGAGUAAUCUAUUUUACACUCAGACUGGUGAAAUUGUAUACCAUGUUGCAGCAGUGGGCGUAGUAUACAAUCGGCAGCAGAACACACAGCGCUUUUAUCUAGGUCAUGAUGAUGACAUUCUUUGCCUUGCUAUUCAUCCCUUAAAGGACUACGUGGCAACAGGCCAGGUUGGUCGGGAUUCCUCAAUACACGUUUGGGAUACAGAGACAAUCAAACCACUGUCAGUAUUAAAGGGCUAUCACCAGUAUGGCGUUUGUGCUGUUGAUUUUUCAGCGGAUGGCAAACGCUUGGCUUCUGUUGGCAUAGAUGACAAUCAUACUAUUGUGCUCUGGGACUGGAAAAAAGGAGAGAAGCUUUCAGCAGUAAGAGGAAGCAAAGAUAAGAUUUUUGUUGUUAAAAUUAAUCCUUAUAUGCCUGAUAAACUGAUAACAGCUGGAAUUAAACACAUGAAAUUCUGGCGUAGAGCAGGAGGAGGACUGAUUGGGAGAAAGGGCUGCAUAGGUGCAAUGGGAAGAACUGAUACAAUGAUGUGUGCAGUAUACGGCUGGACUGAAGAGAUGGCAUUUUCUGGAACUUCCACUGGGGAUGUGUGUAUCUGGAGAGAUUUGUUUCUCAUAAAAACUGUCAAAGCACAUGAUGGUCCAGUAUUUAGCAUGCAUGCAUUAGAAAAAGGAUUUGUAACUGGUGGAAAGGAUGGGGUAGUGGCUCUCUGGGAUGACACCUUUGAACGCUGUCUCAAAACCUAUGCCAUCAAACGAGCUGCUUUGGCCCCUGGCUCUAAAGGUCUCCUCUUAGAAGACAACCCUUCUAUACGUGCCAUAUCGUUAGGACAUGGUCAUAUUUUAGUGGGCACAAAGAAUGGGGAAAUACUGGAGGUGGAUAAAAGUGGACCAAUAACUCUGCUGGUUCAGGGUCACAUGGAAGGGGAAGUUUGGGGUCUAGCCACCCAUCCUCAUUUACCUAUUUGUGCCACUGUAAGUGAUGACAAAACCUUAAGAAUAUGGGAUCUAUCUCCUAGCCAUUGUAUGUUAGCUGUUCGCAAAUUGAAAAAGGGGGGCAGAUGUUGCUGCUUUUCUCCUGAUGGAAAGGCAUUGGCUGUAGGUCUCAAUGAUGGAAGUUUCUUGAUGGUGAAUGCAGACACUCUGGAGGAUCUAGUCUCCUUCCACCACAGGAAGGAUGUUAUUUCAGAGAUUAGAUUUUCUCCUGGUUCUGGAAAAUACUUAGCGGUGGCAUCAUGUGACAGCUUUGUAGACAUCUACAAUGUAAUGAGCAGUAAGCGAGUAGGAAUCUGCAAGGGCGCCUCCAGUUACAUAACACACAUGGAUUGGGACAUCAGAGGGAAACUUUUACAAGUCAACACUGGUGCUAAAGAGCAGCUGUUCUUUGAAGCUCCUCGUGGGAAAAGACAGACAAUUCCCAGUUUGGAGGUUGAAAAGAUUGGCUGGGCAUCAUGGACAAGUGUUCUGGGCUCUUGCUGUGAAGGAAUCUGGCCAAUAAUUGGGGAAGUCACAGAUGUAACUGCUUCAUGCCUCAGCAGUGAUAGUAAAGUCUUGGCCACAGGAGAUGAUUUUGGGUUUGUGAAACUUUUCCGAUUCCCUGCCAAAGGAAAGUUUGGAAAAUUUAAGAGGUAUGUGGCCCAUAGUACGCAUGUAACAAAUGUUCGUUGGACUCAUGAGGACAGUUUGUUGGUCACUGUCGGUGGGGCAGACACCUCUUUAAUGCUGUGGACCUAUGAAAUGGAGGGACAUCGAGAGAGCAGGCAAUGUGAUAGUGAAGAAUCUGAUCUAGAUUCUGAGGAAGAUGGAGGUUAUGACAGUGAUGUGACACGAGAGAAUGAAAUUAAUUACACCAUCAAAGCCUUAUCAACAAACAUCAGACCAAUGUUUGGAAUUAAGCCUCAUCUGCAACAAAAGGAGCCAUCACUAGAUGAAAGGCAAGGGGUAGUAAGACCACCAGUUAGUAGGGCACUGCCACAGCCUGAAAAACUUCAGACAAAUAACGUUGGCAAAAAAAAGAGACCAAUAGAGGUCCAAUGUCACCCCACCCCACAAAUGUGUCUGAGCCACAGCUUUCUUCAGAGUCUAUCAGUUACAGAAACAGCACAUUCAGCCUAUGUGGUAUGGAGUCCCUCUUGGGAUCUAGUAUUGGAGCUGGUAUUUGGGUACCGAGGCAAGGACUGCAGGAACAAUGUUCACUAUCUGAAUGAUGGUGCUGAUAUAAUUUAUCAUACUGCAUCUGUUGGGAUUCUGUAUAACGUGGCAACAGGCUCUCAAUCUUUUUACCAGGAACAUAAUGAUGAUAUUCUGUGCCUCACUGUAAAUCAGCACCCCAAGUUUACCAACCUUGUGGCAACUGGCCAAGUAGGAGACUCAGCAGAUAUGUCAGCUACAGCUCCUUCUAUCCACGUGUGGGAUGCAAUGAACAAACAGACACUAUCUGUACUGAGAUGCUACCAUUCAAAGGGAGUUUGUUCAGUCAGUUUCAGUGCCACUGGCAAACUUCUCCUCUCUGUAGGGCUGGAUCCUGAACACACCAUUACCAUUUGGAAGUGGCAGGAAGGUGCCAAAAUUGCCAGCAGAACUGGUCAUAACCAACGUAUAUUUGUAGCAGAAUUCAGACCGGAUUCAGAUACCCAGUUUGUUUCAGUGGGAGUAAAACAUGUGAGGUUCUGGACCCUUGCUGGGAGAGCUCUUCUCAGUAAAAAAGGGCUACUGAGUUCAAUAGAAGAUGCCCGGAUGCAGACCAUGCUAUCUGUAGCUUUUGGAGCUAAUAACUUGACAUUUACUGGUACCAUCAGUGGAGAUGUUUGUGUUUGGAAAGAUCAUGUAUUGGUACGAAUUGUGGCCAAAGCUCACAAUGGGCCUGUGUUCACAAUGUACACUACACUAAGAGAUGGUCUAAUUGUAACAGGAGGCAAAGAAAGACCAUCAAAGGAAGGAGGGGCUGUUAAACUAUGGGAUCAGGAGCUGAAGCGAUGUCGUGCCUUCAGAUUGGAAACAGGACAGAUGACUGACUGUGUUCGUUCUGUGUGUAGAGGCAAAGGGAAAAUUCUUGUUGGGACAAGGAAUGCUGAAAUAAUUGAAGUUGGAGAGAAAAAUGCAGCAUGUAACAUUCUAAUUAAUGGUCAUAUGGAUGGACCUAUCUGGGGACUGGCUACACAUCCUUCAAGAGAUUUUUUCCUUUCUGCUGCAGAAGAUGGGACAGUGAGACUCUGGGACAUUGCUGAAAAGAAGAUGCUGAACAAAGUCAGUUUAGGACAUGCAGCUCGGACUGUUUCUUACAGCCCCGAGGGGGACAUGGUGGCUAUUGGCAUGAAAAAUGGAGAAUUUAUUAUCUUGCUGGUGACCUCUCUAAAAAUAUGGGGGAAAAAAAGGGACAGAAGAUCUGCUAUCCAAGACAUAAGGUUCAGUCCAGAUUCUCGUUACUUAGCAGUGGGUACUAGUGAGAAUGCAGUGGAUUUUUAUGACUUGACAUUGGGCCCCACACUAAAUCGAGUUAGCUACUGCAAAGAUAUCCCAAGCUUUGUUAUCCAGAUGGACUUCUCUGCAGAUAGCCGUUUUCUCCAGGUCUCUACUGGGUCUUACAAAAGGCAGGUCUAUGAAGUGCCUUCGGGAAGACAGCUUAUGGACCAGGCAGUGAUUGACAGAAUAACAUGGGCCACUUGGACCAGUAUUCUAGGGGAUGAAGUAGUUGGAAUCUGGUCCAGGCAUGCUGAGAAAGCUGAUGUGAACUGUGCCUGUGUCUCUCACUCUGGAAUCAGCCUUGUAACAGGCGAUGACUUUGGCAUGGUCAAGCUGUUUGACUUUCCAUGUCCUGAAAAAUUUGCAAAACACAAGCGAUUUUUAGGUCACUCGGCCCAUUUGACUAAUAUUCGAUUUACAAGUGGGGAUAAAUACGUUGUCAGUGCUGGAGGGGAUGACUGUAGCUUAUUUAUCUGGAAAUGUGUGCAUAUGCUUCAUUAAGGGAGACAUGGAGCCUUUGCAAAGAGGAUACUGCGGAAAAUUACAGGCAUGAAAGACCGAUGAGCGCAAUGAGACAUUCUACAGUGCCCUGCAUGCUUAAGAAAUGGUGCUGAUCAAAGACAGACAACAAUCUGUCUCUGAAAGACAAGUGUCUAGAGUCUAUCAGAAGAAUAGACUAUAACAAAUAUGCUGCGCCCCCCCCCUAGAUUUGCUACAGUAUUGGAUAAUCCAUGUAUGGAUUCCAUUCACUGCCAGACAUUGAAAAAGAAACACAUGGAUAAAAGGAAGAAGUGAGUUGUGGAUCAAUGUACAGUUUUCCAAUAAGAUAGUGGGGUUUUAAUCAAGAGAUGUUAUUUCUGACCUAAUGCUGUAUGUUGAUGCAUUUAUUAUCAGCACGAAUGUGUUUCCUUUAAAUUCUGGGGAUUGAAUAUCAUUGAAACAGAUUACUCCUUUUUUUAUUACUGAAAGGAAAACAUCUAGCAGUUCUUAAAUAAAACUACACAGUAUUUUAAUAAAAGAUUAAAGUAAUAAAAUGGGAUAUGACAUUUCUAUGAAUAGUCAAAAAAUGAAGCAUUGCCUGGUGAAGCAGUAAUAGUAAAGUUUGCUCCUUAGACCUGCAGUAUUCAUAUGCUUAGAGGCCUGGGUCAUAAUCCUGUUUGAUGAAUGCUGUUAGGCAUGCAUGAACCCAUUCUUUAAGGCUAAUUUAGUGUUUUUGUUGCACUUAAACAUUAAAUUAGUUCCAUGAGCAGAAACAGAUUUGCUCACUUUGCGAGUGCCUUGCCCACAACCUAAAAGUCUAACUCCAGUUUUUGCCUUGCGAU